AUGUGGAUGGACUCAUCUAGAUGGCAUCAAGAGCCAUUCGACUGGGCUUCCCAAGCCUACCAGUUGCUCGCUCCCCGUGUUAAUGUUAAAGGCCGCAUGGCGCUGGUUAUGCUGUUGGCCGUUAUUUGGGCUUUCUCAUGGCUUUUAUAUCGCGCCUACUCAGUCAUCACCACUCCGAAUGAAGUUCUCGUCGAGAAACUAGGCCUCGAUAUCCCACCCACCCCGCUCGUCACGCUCGAAGAAAUCUCUUCCCGGGAGGUCCAAGUUAGCUGGAAACAUGCGGAGCCCUCGAGCUCAGUGCAGGAACACCAUAUUGAAGUCAAUGGAAGGGUUGUUGGCACAACAAGAAAGAAUGAAUUGGGUGCCAUAAUAUCGAACCUCACUCCGGGACACGUCUACGAUAUUCGUGUGUUUUGUAUCAGUGCCGGCACUUUCCAAACUCCAAGCGCGGCUCUACACGUCCGUCUUCCCGGUCCUUCAUCUACGACAUCCUCGCAAGAUGGAUCUUCCGACUCUGGCCCAGUGGUGCGCGCGAUCCCGGUGCGCAGCGCCCAGACUCUUACACCUCUGGCUGCCCCGGCCAUGGUUCGAGAACUGAGCGGAGGGCAACAGGCAGGUCGAAGAGGUACAACGGGACGAAGGCCUUCUCCUGCCAACCAUGUCAGCGAGUCACAGCAGGGACAAGAUGCAUCCGCCAAAGGUGCCGAAGAUGAAGUCGACGGAGACCUCGCCGAAUUGUCCCAACGGUUUCAAAAGGUUCAACAGGAUAUCGAGGCUGUGGAUGCGCAAAUCCAGGAAGAAGACAAGGAGUUUGAAGCGGCGUUGAAGGAACUGGAAGCACGCCGUGACGAAUUGAAGCAGAGCUUGAAAGAGAGGGAUGAGGCCAGCAGCGACCUGCGCAAGCAAGUACACAAGGCGGAAACGGCCAGUCGAACAGCUCAGAGCGAAAAAACGAAAAAAGAAAGACUGCUCCAACAAAAGGAGAACCAGCGCAGGAAGCGAAGGGACGAGAUCGCAAAGUGGGAAGAUCAGAUUGCGUCGAUGAAGGAGGAAAUGGCUGGUAUCGAGACCCAAAAAGCAGCGAUUGAGCGGAGGACGCAAAGUGAACUUAGGGAGAUCCGGAAAAAGAUCGAGGAAGAGCAGAAGGAUGUGGCAAUGCUAGAGGAGGACAAUAAAGAAAAGGCGCUUCAAAUCAAGGCUCUGGAAGAAGAGCGCAAACAGCUUAAUGUCGAAGAUGAGACGGAUGAAACGAGAGAGGCUGAACGUCUGGAUCGUGAGCGCGAUAUGAGGUGGCGGGCCAGAUUUGACGGCCUCCAACAGACCUACGCACGACUGUGGAACGAUCUUCAGCUGGCGAACCAACAGGUCAGUUACACCCGGGAGCAAAUCACCCAACUGGAGGCGAGGCGCGUCAAUACCAUCUCUUUUGCGCCCACUGCCACACUUGAUUUGGACGCUAUACGACGCGGAAUGCGGCCGGUCCGCAGGCCACGGCAUACCAACUCGCAUGGAAGCAGCGUAUCGUCGCCUCGAGGUCCGUUUGCAGGCCCAGAGCCUUUCCCGUCAGCGCUACAGUAUAGCUCUACGGCGAAUGCUUCUCCCACGACCGUGAUUCCGAGUUACUUCAAUCCACAGAAUGGAAUGACCCUCGCGAUGCCUGUUGAGAUUCCUUCAUCACAUGUGGAGGAAACUGAAGCAGCCAGCUCGAUGCCGAUGAGCCCGCGAGCCGACUCCUUGUUACCAGCCGAUCUCCUUGGAGAUGAAUCCGCGGACGAGCUGCUAGACACCGAUGAUGUAAGCCAGCACAAGGGGCUGGCCGAGGCAGGCCCGAUGCCUUUCCCCCGGAUCGGAUCGCCAAUUGGUCCUGAAGACGCCCGGCGUACUGACACGCCUUCUGCGCAAUCUUCAUCAAGCAAAUCUUUCUCCAGUCCGCUUCAAAACCCCGCCCCGGCUGCAGAAUCUGAGCUGAAGGCGUCAGAUGACCAGGCCGUAAACCAGAAAACUGAUGAAGCUGCUGGCGAGGAUGAAGUUGCUCAACAACCCCCAAAGGCCAAGUAUAUGUCCAUGUCGUCCAUGUUUGGUCUCGGCCGUCAGCGGGGUAAGACCCUGGCUGAUCAAGCACCGGCGCUCGGGAGCCUCAAGCCAGUACAAAGCCGAUCAUUUCCCAGGAACGUGGACGAGUUUGAUCCUGCCACGCAACCCCGAAGACGCUUGAGCUACGGUGGAAAUUGGGCUUUCCCCGGCACGCUCCUGCGUGGGAAUGGAAAUCCCGAAGAAAGAGAACAAGAACCGUCCCGGUUUCCUUCUACUCGGCGUGCCUUUCUUGGAUUUGGCAAGUCAGCCGCUACUCCCGCCAGCUACGAUCCGUUUGGUGCCAGGUCUGGAUCAUUUGAUCCUGGUCUUCGGGCGGACACCGCCUCACCACGGCCGGCUUCCACAUACUCGUUCGACAAGCUGCCGCGACCGUCGUUAGAGAGCCAAUUUCGCGCUUGGAAUGCAGAUAAGCCUCCCAUCCGAAACAGCCCUUUGGCUCCCGGUUGGGGUUCGCUGCAUUCCUUUUCGAGGACUCACUCACGCCGGCCCUCGUUUGUUUUUGGAUCUACCAGUAAUCUUUCUCUCCCAGCCGACGAAGAAGUGAUUGAACCGGACAAAAAGCCGAGUCGUCCGUUGCAGGCGCCAAUUGGUACCCGACCAACGUCGUCACAACAGGCGUCUACACCGAAGUUGAAUCCUGCGGCACCAUCCUUCACAAUGCUUUUUGGCAAGAGGGGUGAGAAGACCAAAGACAAAGCCAAAGCAAAAGAGUCGAGAGAGAAAGGAGGCGAUAUGGAAGCCACCUCUCCUCCUGAAUCACGCAAGUCCCGGGACACGAGUUCCAUCACCAAUACGAUCUCUACCUUUGACUCUGAGCCUCUUCAUCGCACGGCCUCUGGAACCAGCGCUAAUUUGUCCGUUGAAAACACGCCGGUCAAGCCGACAUUUAUUUCCAAGCUCACCCGCAAGGCCAGCAGCAAUAAGUUUGGAAGUUGGAAGGACAAAGGUGGUCUGUUCUCUAGAAAAGAGGCGGCUCCGCCCAACGGUGAGAACGAGGAAGAACAAGGGUCAACUGAACAUCUUGGCAGGAGUUUGGAGAGUACUUCGACCACUCCUAGUGCAGAGGAUAAGAAGUCAAGUCGAAGCAGCUUGAGCAAUUGGAACUUUAUGCGUAAGAGCAAGAAGGGCAAAGAAGACUUGACCGCCAGUGAGAUUAGCGAGAGCAGUGAGAGGGCCAGUGAGACCGGCGAGGAGAGGGACGAUGACGAGGCAUAG